AUGCCAACACAAAAAAUUUUCACCAACCAACAAGUUUUUGGCUCGCCCAAAAAUGUUUGGAAACCAAACCCUCAAGCGGCCCAAAAUUUUCCAAAACCAGUACCAAUGAGUGGCAUAUCUAAUUUGCAAAAACCAGUACCAAUGAGUGGCAUAUCUCACGGUACCAACAGAUUCAAUAACCAAAAUUUCCAACUACAUAAUGUAGAAAAUGCACCCUAUUAUCUAAUUCCAAAUCCUCACUACGCCGAAAAUUAUAAUAAUUAUUAUGAUUAUCAAGGCUAUGGUGAUGGUAGUAACGACAAUAAUUAUUCAAUGCAAAACGAUCAGGUUGACUCCCAAGAUUUUUACAAUGACCCAAGUAACGGUCAAACCGAAACCAAUGAACCUGAAAAUUAUGAUCAAACUCCCAUUGAACAAAAUUUUCAAGAGGCGGAGCCUCCCGCCGAGAUGCCGUAG